AUGGGCUCUGGUGCUCAGGGAGCGUGUCGGAUUGAGCGGGGAAGGCCUGAGAUGUGCUUCUGCCCACCCCUACCCCACCCCACCCCGCCCGCUGCAGACCUUCUGACUGGGCACUCAUGCGCCCCCCCCACUCCAUGCUCCUCCCCAGGAUCAGCAGCAGGUACUUACCCCACCAUGGGCUCACAGGCCCCACCCCCGGGUCCCAUGCAGACCCUCAUCUUCUUGGACCUGGAGGCUACUGGCCUGCCCUUCGCCCAGCCAAAGGUCACGGAACUGUGCCUGCUGGCCAUCCACAGAUGUGCCCUGGAGAACCCCCCUACCGCUCAGGGGCCACCCCCCAUGGUUCCCCCGCCACCCCGUGUGAUGGACAAGCUCUCUCUGUGUGUGGCUCCAGGAAAGGCCUGUAGCCCUGCAGCCAGCAAGAUUACAGGUCUGAGCACAGCUGUGCUGGCAGCACAUGGGCGUCAAUGCUUCGAUGACAAUGUGGCCAACCUGCUCCUAGCCUUCCUGAGGCGCCAGCCCCAGCCCUGGUGCCUCGUGGCACACAACGGUGACCGCUACGACUUCCCCCUGCUCCAGGCAGAGCUGGCAACGCUGGGCCUUGCCAGUGGUCUGGAUGGCGCCUUCUGUGUGGAUAGCAUCGCUGCGCUGAAGGCCCUGGAACGUGCCAGUAGCCCCUCGGGGCACGGCCCAAGGAAGAGCUACAGCCUGGGCAGCAUCUACAUGCGCCUCUACGGACAGGCCCCGCCAGACUCACACACAGCUGAGGGGGAUGUCUUAGCCCUGCUCAGCAUCUGUCAGUGGAGACCACAGGCCCUGCUGCAGUGGGUGGAUGCUCACGCCAGGCUGUUCAGCACCGUUGAGCCCAUGUAUGGGGUCACAGCCUCUGCUAGGACCAACCGAAGACCAUCUGCAGUCACAGCCAUGGCACUUCCGACCAAAGCCAGGAAUACUAGUUCCAGCCUUGGUGAGAGCAGGAGAUCCAAGGCUCUUCCUCCAAGAGAGGGCUCUGGAGCCCUACCCAAGGAGAGGCUGCUGGCCCCACUGGGCCUGCUGGCCUUCCUGACCUUGGCAGUAGCCAUGCUGUAUGGACUAUCCCUGGCCAUACCCGGGGAGUAGACCAAGAAGGAAAAUCUGACUAAUAAAAAUCCACUUUAGCACUGA